CUCACGGCGAAGCAAUUGUCUCGCCAAGCAAAGAAGGCAAGCAAAGAUGAAGUUUCUGAGAAAGCGAAAUUGAAAAAGGCGAUACAACAAGGAAACAUAGAGGGCGCACGUAUUUAUGCAGCUAAUGCAAUCAGAAAAAAGAACGAAUCAUUAAAUUUGUUAAGGCUGUCUUCAAGAAUUGACGCAGUCUCUAGCCGCGUACAAACUGCAGUAACAAUGCAAAAGGUGACUGGAUCAAUGGCAAGUGUUGUAAAGGGCAUGGAUAAAGCCAUGGAGUCGAUGAAUUUAGAAAAGAUUUCCAUGGUCAUGGAUAAAUUCGAAGCUCAAUUCGAAGAUCUCGAUGUUCAAACGCAAUAUAUGGAGGGAGCGAUGGGAAACACCACCACAAUGUCUACACCUCAGGAGGAAGUGGAUUUACUUAUGCAACAAGUAGCCGAUGAACAUGGAUUGGAAUUAAACCAGGAACUUGAUUCAGCGACCCCCAGUAAUGCCCUCGCCACUGCAGACAAAGUAAAUGAUGAAGACGAGCAAUUAUCGGAACGUUUAAGUAUGUACUCCAAGAAUCGCGUUUGA